AUGAAUGCUAAAGAUGCUUCCAAGGCGGAUCCAUUGAUGAGAAGUAUUUGUUUAUUUGGUGAUAAGACUUUAAUUGCAUUGUAUGAUACUGGAGCAUCGCAUUCGUUUAUCUCAUUUGCUAAAGUCAAGGAAUUAGACUUGAAAGUGUCAGAGUUACCUUUUGAUCUGCAUGUACAUACUCCGCAUCUGACAGUUAUGACUAGGUUAGGUUGUAGACAAGUAGGUUUCAAGCUUGAGGGUAGAGAUUUUGUACAUGAUUUGAUUUGUUUACCAAUGGUUGGGUUGGAGAUGAUUUUGGGGUUUGAUUGGUUGUCGAAGAAUCGGGUUUUGUUGGAUUUCUUUGAACGGACAAUUCGAUUUAUGCCGGAAGGAGAUAAUGGAGCAGUGGUAGCCGCGGGAUACUACCUGAACUCUGUAUUAAUACACUGUAGUGGGGAAGAGUGUCAGGGUUACAUCUUGUUAACUGCUAAUGCUUUGGGGGAUGCCCAGGACUUAGAUCAGAUACCGGUAGUUAGAGACCUUUCGGAAGUACUCCCAGAAGAUAUCCCUGAGUUUCCACCACAAAGGGAGAUUGAAUUGGUGCCGGGAGCCGGACCAGUGUCAAUUGCGCCUUAUAGGAUGGCUCUGAUAGAGCUGGCAGAAUUAAAGUCUCAGUUGGAAGAGCUUCUGAACAAGAGGUUCAUUCGACCGAGUAUAUCACCGUGGGGAGCACCAGUUUUAUUGGUGAAGAAGAAGGAUGGAGGGAUGCGUUUGUGCAUGGAUUACCGAUAG